GUCAAAGUAUAAUAUACAUAGUUUUUUUGGGACAAAUCCUUUUUUUUUUUUCAGUAAACCCUAAUUCACAAAUUGAGUUCUUCGCCUUCGAUCAAAAGGCUCGUUAAAUGGCAGACAAUAAUGUGUCCGAGGAUGAAAUCACGAUGGAGCAACAUGAAACGGUCGAUGAGAUGCUUGCUAGGCACAGGCAAGAGAUAAAACAAGUACAGAACAAGGAGACGGAGUUGAAAAAGGCAGCUGCUAAAGGAAGCAAAGCUGAGCAGAAAGCUAAGAAGAAGCAAGUCGAACAAGACAUUUCAAAACUCUCCACAAAGCUCAAAGAGAAACAGCUCAAAGAGCUCGCCUCGCAAGGUUUUAGCAGCAGCAGCAGUAGUAGCAGCAACAUCGAAACAACGAGUGAGAAGAAAGGAGGAGAUAUCGACACUUUGGUGAGAGCCAUCGCUGGAGUCUCUGUCACUGCUCAGCAAGAACACUCCACAAAGCCUAGCAAGAGCGUGAAAAGGCGCGAGAAACGAGCCAAAGAAGAAGCGGACAGAGAGCAGAGAAUCAAAGAGGAACAAAGCAAUGUGACGAGUGAUCGUAUGGUCGAGAACCUAAAGCUCGAGAAGAAGCUUAAACCGCUGGGGCUAACAGUCAGCGAGAUCAAACCAGACGGACAUUGCCUUUACCGAGCAGUAGAGCACCAGCUCGGUGCAUCUCCUCCUUACACGUACCAGAAGCUAAGAGAAAUGGCUGCUGCAUACAUGAGAGAUCACAAAACCGAUUUCAUCCCCUUCUUCUUAUCAGAAACAGAGUCUGCGGAGGAGCGGUUUGAGAAAUACUGCAGAGAAGUGGAGUCAACGGCUGCCUGGGGCGGUCAGUUGGAGCUAGGAGCCUUGACGCAUUGCUUGAGGAAACACAUAAUGGUGUUUUCAGGAUCAUUUCCUGACGUUGAAAUGGGCAAAGAGUAUAAGUCAGGGAAUGACUCCAGCCUCAUGUUAUCGUAUCACCGGCAUGCUUUUGGGCUCGGUGAACACUAUAACUCCGUCGUGCUCGUCAAGAAUGAGCUUUGACGAAGUACUUUUCUUUGUAUCAGAAGUUUUACUGAAAUUCUAAUUCUUGUUUUAAUGUUUUCUCCCUGUAACUUCGAAUUGGAAGCAUACUUUGUUCACUAAUUACAGUUCCAAGUUUUCAUUC